CGGUUAUAUAAAAAGUAUCACUUGCUUACUGAGUUUUGCUUGUGGGUGUUUGACUCUGAAUGCAGCAUGUCGCCUAUUGUUGGGAAAACACCGCAACAGAACACUCAACCAGAUGCAAUUUGUGAGGAACCAAGUGUUGAAAGAGUGUUGGUUCAAGGAGAAAAAAAUGUCGCCCGUCAAUUGACUGUUGAUAUUAAGCCAUCAUGGCGCAACAGUGUGAUGCUCUUCCUUUUAUUAAUGAGCAACGUAGUUGGAGGUGGAUUCUUUGUUCUUGGAUUUGCUGCUGAAGGAAUCGUGUGGGGCAGUCUGUUUUGGCAAACAUUCGUGCCUGUUGUUGUGAGUACAUUCUGCAUGCAUUUGUUGCUGGAACUUCUCAAGGUUCAUUCUGUGGAUAAUUACAUGGAUCUUGUCGCAAAAGUAAUUGGGAGCGGAAUGCUCUUUGCAUCUGUUCUGUUUUAUGCAGCAGAUAUUGCCACUCUGCUAUCCUUGUUUAUCAUAAUUAAACACAAAGCCCUUGAGAUGUUGGUGUUGUUUGGAGUUGAUGAAGAAGUCUUGACUGGUUGGUUAUCCAGCUUUUCAGUUGUUGCUUUCAUUUGUGUAAUCUUGCUGGCCAUGGAAUUCGGUCGUCAUUUGGAAAAAUAUUUGAAGAAAAAAACCAUCAGCAUCAACAAUAAUAACGUGAAUGUUAUGGGUUCUCAGAUUGACACACUGGUUGCAUUCAACACCCCAACUCCAACUGGAAGAACUCAAGCGUUACAUUUCAAUAAACGAACUGGUGUUCUUCUUUGCUUGAUUAUCAUCUACAUUGGAAUAUUGUUUGUGAAAGCCUUUUCUCCUGCACAACAUAGCCUAUCAUCAUCUAUUGAUGAUGAGAAAAACAUGACAGUGAAUGAAACAAUGAAUUUGAAUGAUUCAGAUGGACCCUAUAUGCAUGCCUGGCGUACAAUGCCUAUAAUUGUGUUUGCGAUUUCCCCCUAUGUGAUUAUGCUGCGAAUGAAUGAGCAAACUCAAAGAUUAAUAUCUGCAUCCUGUAGGAAGCAUCCUGCUUCCAUCCCGGCUGUUCUAUUCUUGCCUACACUCUUUUUAUUUUUCAUCAUGAAUUUGAUGUCAUAUGAUGAGAAAAACGUGUUGCCAGGGCUGCAAAUUGCACAGUAUAUCAUUGCAAUAAUAGUCUGUAUAUUGGCAGCUUCACUGAGGUUACUUCCGUGUGCAAAAGUAUGUGAGCGAAUUAUGUGUCGUAAAUGUGAAGAGGGAGGAAAAUGGCACAUAUUACUUUAUGCGAUGCUCCUUAUUUCUGCUACUUUAUUUUCACUGUUUGUUGAUUGUGAAGAAUGUGUCAUUGUUCUUGCAGGUUGCACUGUUUGGCCUAUCUUCAUGUGGAUUCUGCCGUGCCUAAUUUUCUUUUUUCAUUUGAGGGUCAUUAAGCAGAAUGGAGGGAAUAUACGCACUCGCAUUGUCAUAUUCAAGGGGGUUGUUUGUUGCUUGAUUCUGCUUGGAUCAAUUUGCUUCUGCGUCCUUCAUCUUGCCAAGAUAGGUGAAGUAUUUUAUCACAAGCACACUAAUAUCUCUUCUGAUGAAACACCAUAGAAAGGUUCUGACAUCGUCUUGUUGAAUUCAUUUUCACAUGUUACAAUUCUUUUUUUUUCUGGUGGUUUAUCAACAUAACUGACCAAAUUUUUGCUUGUUUUUUGUUGACAGUUUGUUUCUGAUUCUGUCUUUGAAAGAAGGAAAACCCAUCUUUGUUUGGAAAUGUUGUGAAACUACAUACUGUUUCAUUUCCUUUAAGACAGUCAUUUUUUGAGCAAAUUUUGUGAAUUUGUGAGCCAUAUAGUGUUAGUGAAAAAGAAAAUCGAUUAAGUUAAUGUUUGGAAAAAAUUAUUGCAUAGAAUGUAUACAAAUGUAAGCAAGUUAAAUAUUUUGACAAUGUGUAGCAUAUACUACCUUUGCUUAGAUUGCAUAAAUUAUAUAUUAUUUUCAACUUUAAAUUAUUUCCAAAGUUCAGAGCAGUGAAUAUCUGAAGCAAAAAACCUUUCCUGAUUAUAUUAUUAUGUGUAACUAAUAAUUUGCACAUUUUUGCUUCGCUACUUUGUCAAUAUUUUCUCAUGAUGACAUUGUUAUCAUGUCAAUGAAUCGAAUAUUCGUUUAAUCAACUUUUAAAAUUAUUUAUAAUAUUUCCCACUGAAGUUAACACAAUCACUGAUAUAUGUUAUCUGUAAAUAAAAUCACUGAAUGCGCGUGCUUUUGAUACUUCGUGUCUUCCCUUUUUGUGCCAUCAAUAUCAUUUAUCUGCCAGCUAAACAGUUAGCAUAAUUUAACAAUUAAUACCUUAUAAAUUAAUACCAUGUUAGUGUACUGACUUCACUAUGCCCACAUCACUCGUUUGAGAUCUGGGGUUGAGCUAUCUCAUUCCUGCCACCUCUCGUAUUGUGUACAUUGCUUGAACUGAGAGAGUUACUGGCUUUGUGUGAAUAUACAAUCAGACUUAUCCUUUUUUCAAAAGUGUAAUUUUUUGCUGUAUACCACCAUGCCAGCUAUCUACUAAAUUGUAAUUAUACAAUCAGACUUAUCGUUUUUUCAAAAGUGUAAUUUUUUGCUGUAUACUACCAUGCCAGCUAUCUACUAAAUUGUAAUUAUACAAUCAGACUUAUCGUUUUUUCAAAAGUGUAAUUUUUUGCUGUAUACCACCAUGCCAGCUAUCUACUAAAUUGUAAUUAUACAAUCAGACUUAUCGUUUUUUCAAAAGUGUAAUUUUUUGCUGUAUACCACCAUGCCAGCUAUCUACUAAAUUGUAAUUAUACAAUCAGACUUAUCGUUUUUUCAAAAGUGUAAUUUUUUGCUGUAUACUACCAUGCCAGCUAUCUACUAAAUUGUAAUUAUACAAUCAGACUUAUCGUUUUUUCAAAAGUGUAAUUUUUUGCUGUAUACUACCAUGCCAGCUAUCUACUAAAUUGUGAAUCGUUUUUUCAAAAGUGUAAUUUUUUGCUGUAUACUACCAUGCCAGCUAUCUGCUAUUUUGUGAAUAUACAAUCAGACUUAUAGUUUUUUCAAAAGUGUAAUUUUUUGCUGUAUACUACCAUGCCAGCUAUCUGCUAUUUUGUGAAUAUACAAUCAGACUUAUCGUUUUUUCAAAAGUGUAAUUUUUUGCUGUAUACUACCAUGCCAGCUAUCUGCUAUUUUGUGAAUAUACAAUCAGACUUAUCGUUUUUUCAAAAGUGUAAUUUUUUGCUGUAUACUACCAUGCCAGCUAUCUGCUAUUUUGUGAAUAUACAA